AGAGCGGCGCUGGGGCGGACCAGCUUCCUGGAGCUGUGCUCCUUUGACCCCAGUGGCAGUCCCUGUCACUGCACCGCUCGCGCUCCCUUCGCUCGCCGCGCCCUCGCUGCCUCUCCUCGCCCCCUCGCUCGCUCUCUCCCCAGAUCAAGGCUGCUCCCGUCCUCUCCAUCUCCCCCCGCAGCGACCCCGCGCCCCGCUCGCACCGCGCCCCCGCGCCACCCUCCAGGCUCUGGAUCGGCGCCGGGGACCUCCGGGGUCGAAGGUUCUGGCCCGCCCGCGCCCCUCGCCCCUGCCGCCCCCAGCGCUGCUCCCAGCCGGCUUGGGUGGCUCGGCGAUGGCUCGUCCGCACACGGGGCGCUGAAGGCAUCCCGGGGACUCGGAGCACAGCCCGGGAAAGAACGCACAGCAGUAUUGAUGAGUAGAUCCUUGGAUUCAGAGAUUGGCUGAAACACACCAUGCCUGCUUCCAGCUUCUGCUCCAGAGAGUUGUGAAUUGCUCAUGCCUAUAGGGAGGAAGGAUGGCACAUGGGAUUCCUGCUCAAGGCAAAGUUACCAUAGCGGUGGAUGAGUAUAGCUCCAAUCCUACCCAGGCCUUCACACACUACAACAUCAACCAGAGCAGAUUCCAGCCACCGCAUGUGCAUAUGGUCGACCCCAUCCCAUAUGACACUCCAAAACCAGCGGGCCACACGCGGUUUGUCUGCAUCUCAGACACACACUCCAGAACAGAUGGUAUCCAGAUGCCUUAUGGGGACAUCCUUCUCCACACAGGCGAUUUCACCGAGCUGGGACUGCCCUCAGAGGUUAAGAAGUUUAAUGACUGGUUAGGAAACCUGCCAUAUGAAUAUAAAAUUGUGAUUGCUGGGAAUCAUGAACUGACGUUUGAUAAGGAAUUCAUGGCAGACCUCGUUAAACAGGACUACUACCGUUUCCCCUCUGUGUCCAAAUUGAAACCGGAGGACUUUGACAAUGUCCAGUCCCUUCUGACAAACAGUAUUUACCUGCAAGAUUCAGAAGUAACCGUGAAGGGAUUCAGGAUAUACGGUGCACCUUGGACCCCGUGGUUUAAUGGAUGGGGCUUUAACCUACCCAGAGGCCAGUCUCUGCUGGACAAAUGGAACCUCAUCCCCGAGGGCAUCGACAUACUCAUGACACAUGGACCUCCUCUAGGUUUCCGGGACUGGGUUCCAAAGGAGCUCCAAAGGGUGGGCUGCGUGGAGCUCUUAAACACGGUCCAGAGGCGGGUUCGGCCGAAGCUCCAUGUGUUCGGAGGAAUUCAUGAAGGGUACGGUAUCAUGACCGACGGUUACACCACGUACAUCAAUGCCUCCACCUGUACAGUCAGCUUUCAACCGACCAACCCUCCAAUUAUAUUUGACCUUCCGAACCCGCAGGGCUCCUAAAGCUCUCCGCACCGAUUGGAAUGUGAGGGAUGGUCUACAAACUGCCAUUUUUCUAAUUAUAAACUUACAUUCUCUGACUUGUUUAUUUUCAAAUCCUGUGAGUUCUUUUUGUAAAUUGUUGGAACAGGAAAAAAAAAAAAAACGACGCUAGAGUUGUGCCGCCUCUUUUUGUGUUUUAAGUGGGGUACCCAUUUAAAAUCAAAAGAGCAUUGUGGAUCUAUAAGAUGACUUCUGUUUGCUCAAAGGCCACGCCGUUGUAAAUUGUUAGUGUUUGCCAAAGGACAGCCAAGCCUUCUUUAAAAAAAAAAAAUGAUUUUAAAAAGUCUUAUUUGAAUAUGCUUUAAGCUGAAAGAAGAAGAUUUUUACUAAGAAGAGAAACACAUAGACAGUGUUUUGAAAACCACCCAGGUUUGCACAGCUCUGUGAUUAUCGUUUGAUGUGUUCUGUUGUUGUUUUCUUGGUGUUAGUUCACUUUUAUUUUACAAAUGUGGCCCCAAUUUAGAGCAAUCUCAGCAGAGGUAGGUCUGGAAAAACCUUAGCUUCACACUGGCUGUCAAAAAAGACUGUGUCCAAGCUGGGGAAGAAGAGCCCUCCUUCAGAGGCUUAGCCAGAGAGGCCCAUAUCCGGGUUAUGCAAACUCGCGCUGUUUGUUUCUUUUAAGUUAUUUGAGCUUUAAAAAUACGGAAACAAGAAUCUGUCAAGAGCAGAUAUUCAUGCAAGGAAAAAAAAACUGUGCAGACUCCUUUUCAAUGUGGAUUUAUAUAUAUAUAAAUAUUUUUUGUGCAUUAUGACUAAGGUAGGAGUUUAAUGUUGCCAAGGACAGUCCAACUGCAAAGCGUUGCUGUGCACCAGCAUAUCGGAAGUCCGAAGGAACUGACCCCUUCCUCCUCUGAACUCAAGGUCUGAAAGAGCUUGCGUUCAGCCUAGGUACAGUAACAAGUGUGUAUAGACUUCAAUGGAUGCAUUGGAAGCGAACUAAAGUAAGGCUUCGUCGUGUUUUCUAUUUAAAUGCCCUGCAUUGUCUUCUCACUUCCUCCCCCCUCCCAUUUUGCACUGUGUGUUGAUGCAAUCUUCGCUAGCACAAAAUAUUGUUGCUAAUAAUCCUUUCUGUUCUCCCAUUGUCGAGGCCAUCGAGCUCUAUUCUAUGUUACCUUAAAAUUUAGGAAAGCAGCUGUUUUCUUUAAAUUUAUUGUGAUAUUCUAUAUCUAGCGGCCUUUAUAUGUAAAUAAAAAUUGCAAGA